CUUCGCAUCAAUGGCCAUACGGCCCAGCUAAAUGUCUAAUCACCCCGUCUGUGCUCUUUGCGACCAGCAACAAGCCAAGCCUCAUCAGCAUGCCGAGGCUCAUCAUCCAGACGUCUCGCUUGACGUCCUUUUCCCCACUUUCAUGUGGACGCGCUGCCCAGCUCCCGAAUGCAAUUUCGUGGCCCAUGAACAAGAUGUUUAUCGGUUUGAAAAGCACUGUGUCAGUGCGCAUCCCCUGGAGGCUUUGGUGAUAUUUCGAGGGCUCCGCCCAGCAGCUGUUCAGUGCGAUUGCGGGCGCCUUUUUGCCACCAAGUCGGGCCUCCGGCGCCAUGUUCGGGACCACCACUGUGGAUCUGGCUUGAAAACAGCCGAAAAGAGUGAGAAGUGCGACGAACCAGAUUGUAGCUUCGUUUCAGUCAGCGAGGCUGGACUGAAGCGGCACAAGCAGAAAAAACACGGUGCAUCAAACAUGACUAAGGGAGUGAUUUGUCAACGUCUCGGCAACGGUAGCAACUGCAUAUUUGACCCACAGCAGUGCGAGCGUCGGUUUCACACUCGCGAGAAAUGGCUGCAACACGCCAUUGAAGAUCACAAAGCACCGUUCGAGCUCAAGCAGCUAUCGUUUCUCGAUGAAGCAGCGUUCGAUGCCUGGAAUCAUGCUCUGCAUCAAGAACGAGGGCUACGCUAUGAUCUUCACGGUACACUGUACAACUGUUCCUAUAACCGUUCAAGCAGCGCCCUCAAGAGUGUUAGGGUCAGAAAUCAGGACGCGAUCAACCUCGAUCUAACACCCGAGAUGCUCGACAAGGCCGCCGGUGAUCGCUGCUACUCUUUCUUCCGAAAACACGAGCUACCAUCCGGAGGCAUUGAGGCAAGAAAAAUGUCUCCUCCUCUCCUGCUUUCUUCUAGUUUGUGUGCCGCUGCCUGGCACUUCUUGUCUCAUGACCUGCCCUGUCGGCUUGCUCGACUCACUGGCCAUGCCGUCUGCACCUCAUUUCAAACGCGGGCGGGCAUUCGCGCCUGGGCCACGAUUGAUGAGAUUCGCCAACUCUCGCGCCUGGGAGUUUCGCCAGCUCGUGGCAUUCGUAAGAUUCAGUCAACCAAAGACCAUUACGCGCGAGAUGCUUUUGUCGAUCUGAAGGAUUUUGCCAAUCAUGGCGUGAAUGACGAGGAAACGCGCCUUCAUGAAAACGACGAUUUGUCGAUGCAGCUCAACGUUAAUCUCAAUCGCAGUCUCCCCGACGAUGAGCGCUUUAUUUUGGAUCCCGAGACAGGCCGAGGCCUCCCCGUGGCUCAUGCGCUCGCAUCGUCGGUUAACACCGCUACAACGGCAAUAUUUCUCGAAGCUGUGUGGCGUCAUUCGACCCUCGUGCCCGCACCAGCCGUCGUGUUGACAGACAUGGAUAACGCUCUAAUCGCUGGAUGUUUCGAUGCGUUUUGCACGCGGCUUCAAGUGCCCCGGGCACCCAAGUCGCGCUGGUGCAUUUUUCAUGUGUACCGGGCCUGGUUUGGCCGAGUAUCAGGCAUUGCAGGCGAUGCGCAUAAUUAUAACGCUGAUGAAAUGCGUGCGGGACUCAAAGCACUGGCACGAGCACGCACGCCAGAAGCGUACCACUCCAAGCUGGCUGAGUUGCGCAGCCGCUUUGAACAUGCAACCAUUCCAGCAAGCACAUCUCGUCUCGGUGGCAGUCACACAAGGCAAUCUUUCUGGCGCUACUUCGACACGUAUUUUGACAGCUACAAGAACCUUCAUCCCAGUCACACAAGCUGUCGCAUGGACACAACUCUUGGAAAGCUCCGCGAGGCUGCGGACUUGUAUGCCAGCGAAAUCCGUGCCCAGAUAUACAAAGAGAAGCUCACGCGUUAUGACAAACUGAUCAUCUCCUGCGUCAAAAAAGGCAAAACCUUUCCGCGAGAACACAUCACCAAGAUGGACCACUGCAUGUUCCGAGUGCUCUCUGCUUCCAUGCCUGGCGAAUAUUACAAUGUCCAGGAGUCUGUUACUGGUACUUGGACAUGUCAGUGUGAUUGGUUUGACGCUUAUCGACGGGCUCCAGCCGUGGCCGCGCGGACAUGCAAGCACAUCGAAGCAGUGCGUUUCCAUGUCUUUCGCAUCGACAACACAUUACGAUCCGGUUGCAGUUUUGGUGCCGACAUCGAAGCACGCCUCGAGCCAUACAACUACACAUGUCGGGCACGGCACACCAUUUCGGAGGCAGAGCGUCGUCAGCGAGCGAUUCCGAAAUCAGACUGGCCUGCAGCGACCGCGCUGGGUGCCAAGGCUAGUACUUCAGCCCUUUCACACUCGCAAAACGCGAACCAUGAGUCAUCGCACGAGCCAUCACCCAAGAAGCAGAAGGUCAUGCGUCACGGGUUUGAAACCUUUGUCGAUCCGCACAAUCCGAGUGCUUUGACCACAGGCUCAGCAGUGACAUUUGCAGCUGCGACCUUCACACCCCCUAGUCUAACGCAGACCAGCUCUGAAACAACCGCCACUGAGCAUAACAUCAAAACGACCGAACCACAACGACUACAGCUCUCUCGCCGAAUAAAACGAACGUCACAAUUUGUGCAACAGCUGAACGGAGCUGUUUCGAAGGAGAACGAUGCUGUGCAAGACUCGACACCAAUGCCAGCUCGCUUACUUGUUCCAGUGGUUUCCGACAAAGCGACGGGCAAUGACGAGACAGGAUAAGACAAGGUGUGUCAGAGUCAAUUAGAGCUGAUUUACAUGUUAAAAAAAAAUUGAGAUUAACAUGUUAA